CCCGCUCGGUCCGCAGGCGCGGCGCGGCCCGGCCAUGCCGGCCAAGAGGAAGCCGGUGCUGCCGGCCCUCACCAUCACUCCCAGCCCCGCCGAAGGACCCGGACCCGGAGGUUCCGCAGAGGCUAACCUGGUGGACCUUCAGAAGAAACUCGAGGAGCUGGAGCUGGAUGAGCAGCAAAAGAAGCGCUUGGAAGCUUUCCUCACUCAGAAAGCCAAAGUGGGAGAGCUGAAGGAUGAUGACUUUGAACGGAUCUCUGAGCUGGGGGCUGGCAAUGGUGGUGUGGUCACCAAAGUGCAACACAAACCCUCAGGGCUCAUUAUGGCACGGAAGCUGAUUCAUCUAGAAAUCAAACCAGCCAUCAGGAAUCAGAUUAUCCGAGAGCUGCAGGUGCUGCACGAGUGUAAUUCCCCAUAUAUUGUGGGUUUCUAUGGAGCCUUCUACAGUGAUGGAGAGAUUUCCAUCUGCAUGGAGCACAUGGAUGGUGGCUCUCUGGAUCAAGUGUUGAAAGAAGCCAAAAGAAUUCCUGAGGAAAUACUGGGGAAAGUCAGUAUAGCGGUUCUGAGAGGUUUGGCCUAUCUGAGAGAAAAGCACCAAAUCAUGCACAGAGAUGUGAAGCCUUCCAACAUCCUGGUUAACUCUCGAGGAGAGAUUAAGCUGUGUGAUUUUGGGGUCAGUGGUCAGCUCAUUGACUCCAUGGCAAACUCUUUUGUGGGAACUCGGUCCUACAUGUCUCCUGAGCGAUUGCAGGGCACUCAUUACUCAGUCCAGUCCGACAUUUGGAGCAUGGGUCUGUCACUGGUGGAGCUUUCUAUUGGAAGGUACCCAAUACCCCCACCAGACUCCAAGGAACUGGAAGCAAUAUUUGGCCGUCCUAUGGUAGAUGGAGCAGAAGGAGAAUCUCACAGCAUCUCGCCACGGGCCAGGCCCCCAGGACGCCCCAUCAGUGGCCAUGGAAUGGACAACCGACCUGCAAUGGCCAUUUUUGAACUGCUGGACUAUAUAGUUAAUGAGCCACCUCCCAAGUUGCCAAAUGGAGUUUUCACGCAAGAUUUCCAGGAGUUUGUAAAUAAAUGCUUAAUUAAGAAUCCAGCGGAACGGGCAGAUUUGAAGAUGCUGAUGAAUCACACCUUCAUCAAGCGUUCUGAAGUGGAGGAGGUAGAUUUCGCCGGCUGGCUCUGCAAAACAUUGAGGUUAAACCAGCCCAGCACACCCACCCGUGCUGCCGUGUGAUGGCCGAGCCGCCUGCUGUCAGUACAUCUGCCUCUGUCACCAUUCCCUGUCCUUCAGUACACAACAGAACUGCCCUUCUUCCUUCUCCCCAACCCUUUCUCACCUCGCAUCCCACCGGCAAAACACCAUCACUUGGAAAUGUUAAUCAGCUGCCUCCCCUUUUCCCUCCAUCCCAAGCAAAUGUGGGCUUGGUUUCUGUUGUUCUGGGGGUGUCCUGGGCCUCUUGCUCCAGCUUGGAGCUCUUGACAAUUGGGAAAUGUGCUGCUUAUGUUAA